AUGGUCUUGGUAAUAGUGUUGGUAAUGGUGUUGGUAAUGGUGUUGGUCAUGGUGUUGGUAAUGGUGUUGGUAAUGGUGUUGGUAAUGGUGUUGGUAAUGGUGUUGGUAAUGGUGUUGGUAAUGGUGUUGGUAAUUGUGUUGGUCAUGGUGUUGGUCAUGGUGCUGGUCAUGGUGUUGGUAAUGGUGUUGGUAAUGGUGUUGGUCAUGGUGUUGGUCAUGGUGUUGGUAAUGGUGUUGGUCAUGGUGUUGGUCAUGGUGUUGGUAAUGGUGUUGGUAAUGGUGUUGGUAAUGGUGUUGGUCAUGGUGUUGGUAAUGGUGUUGGUAAUGGUGUUGGUCAUGGUGUUGGUCAUGGUGUUGGUAAUGGUGUUGGUCAUGGUGUUGGUAAUGGUGUUGGUCAUGGUGUUGGUAAUGGUGUUGGUCAUGGUGUUGGUAAUGGUGUUGGUAAUGGUGUUGGUCAUGGUGUUGGUAAUGGUGUUGGUAAUGGUGUUGGUCAUGGUGUUGGUCAUGGUGUUGGUAAUGGUGUUGGUCAUAGUGUUGGUAAUGGUGUUGGUAAUGGUGUUGGUAAUGGUGUUGGUAAUGGUGUUGGUAAUGGUGUUGGUCAUGGUGUUGGUAAUGGUGUUGGUAAUGGUGUUGGUCAUGGUGUUGGUAAUGGUGUUGGUAAUGGUGUUGGUCAUGGUGUUGGUCAUGGUGUUGGUAAUGGUGUUGGUCAUGGUGUUGGUAAUGGUGUUGGUAAUGGUGUUGGUAAUGGUGUUGGUAAUGGUGUUGGUAAUGGUGUUGGUCAUGGUGUUGGUCAUGGUGUUGGUAAUGGUGUUGGUAAUGGUGUUGGUCAUGGUGUUGGUCAUGGUGUUGGUAAUGGUGUUGGUCAUGGUGUUGGUCAUGGUGUUGGUAAUGGUGUUGGUAAUGGUGUUGGUAAUGGUGUUGGUCAUGGUGUUGGUAACGGUGUUGGUUAUGGUGUUGGUAAUGGUGUUGGUCAUGGUGUUGGUAAUGGUGUUGGUCAUGGUGUUGGUCAUGGUGUUGGUAAUGGUGUUGGUAAUGGUGUUGGUAAUGGUGUUGGUCAUGGUGUUGGUAAUGGUGUUGGUCAUGGUGUUGGUAAUGGUGUUGGUCAUGGUGUUGGUAAUGGUGUUGGUCAUGGUGUUGGUAAUGGUGUUGGUCAUGGUGUUGGUCAUGGUGUUGGUAAUGGUGUUGGUCAUGGUGUUGGUAAUGGUGUUGGUAAUGGUGUUGGUCAUGGUGUUGGUAAUGGUGUUGCACUUCCGCAGGCAAAUCCCCCUCGCGCUGCUUCCCUGCUUCCCCUCGCGCUGCAUUCCCGCUUCCCCUUGCGCUGCUUCCCCGCUUCUCCUCGCGUUACAUCCCCGCUUCCCCUCGCGCUGCAUCCCAGCUUCCCCUCGCGCUGCUUCCCUGCUUCCCCUCGCGCUGCUUCCCUGCUUCUCCUCGCGCUGCAUCCCCGCCGCGCUGCAUCCCCGCUUCCCGCCGCGCUGCAUUCUUGCUGCCCCUCGCGCUGCUUCCCCGCUUCCCUCCCUGACAUCUUCCCGCUUCCCUGCUCUCUUCUCCCUCCCUGCUCUCUCUUCCCUCCCUGCUCUCUUCUCCCUCCCUGCUCUCUCUUCCCUCCCUGCUCUCUCUUCCCUCCCUGCCCUCUCUUCCCUCCCUGCUCUCUCUUCCCUCCCUGCUCUCUCUUCCCUCCCUGCUCUCUCUUCCCUCUCUGCCCUCUCUUCCCUCCCUGCUCUCUCUUCCCUCCCUGCCCUCUCUUCCCUCCCUGCCCUCUCUUCCCUCCCUGCUCUCUCUUCCCUCCCUGCUCUCUCUUCCCUUCCUUCCCCUCUCCUCCCUCUCCGCUAA